AUGGCGAAAAAGAACAACAAAAAGAGCUCUAGUCCUGCUCCAAAGGAUAGUAAAGACAAGAAGUCGAAGUCGAAGGCAUCUUCCCCAGCUCCAGUUCCAGAAACCAAGGAUAAGAAACCCAAACGCGGUCAAAGAAACGAUGAUCCUGCAUUCAAGGCCAACAGAGCAAAAGUGACAUCAGAAACUAAUUGGACCGGUAAGUUACCACAUACUCUAUUACAUGAAAAUUGUCAGAAACGCAAGUGGAAUAAGAUCAAUUAUGAUAUGAAAAAAAUCGGUUCUAAAGGUUUUGUUGCUAUACCAAUUAUAUCAUAUACAGAUCCCAAGACAAAGGAAACUAUAGAUUUAAAGAUGAAUGAUCCAACUCUUGAUAAAUCAAUUGUUACACCCCAAGAAACUCCCGUCGAGGCAAGACAUAUCGCUGCCACAGUGGCAUUGUUUAGAAUUGCAUACAAUACAAAUUUACAAAUGAUGCUACCUCCAAACCAUAGGAAUAUAUGGUAUUCUCUUGUUGAUUUUAGAAAGGAAUUACUAAAGGAUGAUCCUAAGAAAUGUAAUAAGCUAUUUGACAUAGAUCCAUUCAAGACUGUUGUAGAAGAAAGGAAACUGAAAGCCCAAAAGGAUAAAGAACGUGACGCCAGAUUACAACAAGCUGAAAAGAUUCAAAAUGCACCAAUUGUUAUCUCAAAUUUAUCCACGGACCACACAGAGAAUAAGAAACAUAGUAGUCAAAAAACGAAUAAGGUGACAAAGGGUCAUCAUGAGCAUAAACCUCAGAAACGGUCUCUGGUUAGAUUUCCUAGGAAAGCAUGGGAAAGGGCAAUAUUUGUUGACCUUGAUGAAAAGUCGAGGCAGUUAAUGGAAAACUCCAUCAAAAUAAGCAUUGAUUGGAACAGUAAAAGAGUUCAGGAAGAGAAAAGUAUAAUUUCAAAAAGUCUGGAUCAUGAAAGAAAAAUACUGAAGGAAAAACUUAUAAAGUUGAAAUUCAGACCCGCUCAUGUUGAAGAGGCAAUGUGUUACAAGGACCCCUUAUCAUUCUUACUACUCAAUUUACCAGAAGAUGAUUUACCACCUUUCUUUCAUAAAAGGCUAGAAGAUUCUAAGAAUAAAGUAACAAUAUCUUCUUUGCCGUUAGCUAAACGAAUGAUAAUUGAAAGGUUGACUGAAAGUGGUGUGUCUGAAGAAGAAGCGUUAUUUGCAUUAGACUCAGCUGAAAUGAAAGAAAAUAUCGCUGCUGGUAUCCUUACAGAAGAUCUCUUCCCUAAACUAAAGCAAAACAAAGAUAGUAUCAUAGUGAACGAACAAGAAUCAGUUGAGUUAUGGAAUCAAGAAGUAGAAAGUCUUGAAAGUAUCUACGGGAAUAUUAUAGAAAUUCUUGAACCAAAUAACUGUUAUACAAUCAAGCUACUAGAGAAAUCAAAAUUGAAAUUGAAAGUUUAUAGAACAGAAAAUUAUCCAAGUACUAUUCCGGGUAUUAUUAUUUCAACUUUUGAUAAGAACUAUAAAUUACCGAAUUAUAUCAAGAAACAGAUAUUGGUUAAAUUACUUGGAUAUGUUUAUGAUACCAAUCUACUAGGUGACAUGUUGAUUUUCCACAUUUAUGAGUGGUUGCAAGAAAACUUGGAAGCCAUCAUAGACAAUCCUGGGCCGCUUAUUUCUGACACUGAGUUAUUGGAGUCAGCUAAAAAUCACAGUAACCAUACUCGUGAACAGUCAUCUAAUAAAACUAAUAACGAUAAAUCAAAUAAUAACAAAAACAAGUAUUCCAGAACUAAGGACCAGGUUGAAGAGAUAAAAACGGCGUACGAUAAUAGAAUCCAAAGUCAGGACUACAAGAAUAUGAUAAAGGUGAGAUCUGCACUGCCGGCUUGGCAAAUGCAAAAUAUAAUUAUUGAUCUAGUUUUCAGGAAUGAUGUAGUAUUGAUUACUGGUGAAACAGGGUCUGGGAAAUCAACACAAGUGGUCCAAUUCUUGCUAGAUCAUUUACAGAAAGAUUUGGGAGAUUUUAAGGAUACUAGUAUUAUUUGUACCCAACCAAGAAGAAUUUCGGCAAUCGGAUUGGCCGAUCGUGUUUCUGAUGAACGUUGUGUCUCAUGCGGUGACGAAGUCGGGUAUGUUAUUAGAGGGAUGAAUAAAACUAACAAAAAUACAAGGAUUAAAUUCAUGACUACAGGUGUUUUAGUACGUAUUUUACAAAGUGACAAAACUUUAUUGAAAAAUUGUAUUGUAGUAAUUGAUGAAGUUCAUGAAAGAUCAAUUGACACAGAUUUGGUUGUUACUUUAUUGAAAAAUUUAUUGAAUAAGGUCCCUGGGUUGAAGAUUGUCUUAAUGAGUGCUACUGUUAAUGUUGAUCUGUUCAAAAGAUUCUUUCCAAAAUUAGGGACAUGUCACAUAGAAGGGAGAACCUUUCCUAUUAAAGAUUAUUUCCUUGAUGAUAUCUUGGAAGAAUUGGACUUUAAAAUUAAAAGAGAGAAGUUAUCGUCAUAUGAAGAUGAAAUGAGUGAUAGCGGAACUGAUGAUUUAUAUCUGAAACCGGGAGCAAAUUCAAAAUUUUUUAGAGAGGGUAAAAUCAAUUAUGAUUUAUUAGCUCAGACAGUUAUUUAUGUCGAUCGAAAAUUAACUAGAGAAGAUAACGAUGGGUCUAUUAUCAUAUUUUUACCUGGUGUUGCUGAAAUAAACAAGUGUUGUGAUUUAAUCAGACCCUUAGAUGUUGCUAAUAACUUUGUUGUGUUGCCUUUACAUUCUGCAUUAACACCGGACGACCAGAAACGUGUUUUCAAAAGAUACAACUCAAAGAGGAAAAUCGUGGUAUCUACUAAUAUUGCUGAGACAUCUAUUACAAUCGAUGACUGUGUGGCCACAAUCGAUACAGGUCGCGCAAAGACUACGUAUUACAAUCCAAGAGAGAAUACUACAAAAUUGAUAGAAUCCUUUAUUUCCAAAGCUGAGUCGAAGCAGCGUCGAGGUCGUGCCGGUAGAGUAAGAAAUGGGUUAUCUUUUAAAUUAUACUCAAAGCAACUGUACGAAGAAACUAUGAUUUCUAUGCCCGCUCCGGAAAUUAAACGUGUAGCUCUAGAAUCACUUUAUUUAUCUGUAAAAGCUAUGGGGAUUAGAAAUGUAAAACAAUUUCUGGCCAGUGGAUUAGAUCCUCCUCCAUUGAAUGCCCUAGAUAAAGCAGAAAGGAUGUUGACUACAGUUGGUUUAUUGAACACGUUUGACAAAUCUUUAUCCGAGUUGGGUAAAUUUAUUAGCUUAUUGCCGGUUAUGGAUAGCAAGCAUGGAAAAUUACUGAUUUAUUCAAUUAUUUUUGGUUGUUGUGAUAUCGGUAUAUUGCUUGUUUCAAUUUUAAGCGUUGGCUCUUCACCUUUUAUCGGUGGGAUGGAAAAUCGUGAUAGAAUCAAACAUUUGUUAUCAACCUAUGAAAAUCGUGGUGACUUACUUGCAACAGCAGAAAUUAUCUGUCAAUAUUUGAAAUUAACUGACAGAAACGAACGAGGUAAGUUUUUAAGAGGUCACUUCUUAUCAUAUAAUAAGGUUUCAGAGAUAUUGUCGUCUAUUACCCAGUAUACAUCAAUUCUGAAAGAUGUUGGGUUCUUACCGUGGAAUUACAAAGUCGGUUCAUCAAGUAAUUUGAAUAGAAAUGAAAAUAAUAUAAGCAUUUUGACAUCGAUUCUGACGGGUGCCUUCUAUCCUAACGUAGCUCGAGUUCAAUUACCUGAAGCUAAAUAUUUAGCAACAAGUUCAGGUGCUAUCGAAAAGGAUCCAGAAGCUAGAUCGAUUAAAUAUUGGAUUAGAAGUGAAGAAUAUCAAGAUAAGUUGAACGAAAUGAGUGAAAGCCAGGAAAAAGAGAAACUAGAAGUUUCAUCUGAAAUGUUGCCCCUUCCAGCUACAAGGACUUUUAUUCAUCCUUCUUCAGUAAUGUUUAAUUCCAAUACGGUGAAUUCUGAAGAUGUUCAAUUUUUAACAGAUUCUGCCGAACCAGCUUUGAAAAAAUAUAGCAAGAAUCCGAUUUUGAGGACACCAUUUAUAGUGUUCAAUUCAUCCCAUAUGACCACUAAGCUAUAUUUAAGAGAUAUUACACCAACUUCGACUCUGUCAUUAUUGCUAUUUGGUGGACCUAUAACUUAUGACGUUGAUGGAGAAAUACAUUCUCCUGGUAUUGUAGUUGAUAAUUGGCUCCCUAUCAGAACUUGGUGUAAGAAUGGUGUUCUGAUAAAAGAAUUAAGGACCUUGUUAGACAAUGCAAUUAAAGCGAUUUUGGAAAAUCCCAGAUACGUUGAAAAAUCUUUCGAUGCUGGCUCAACUAAAGAGACGAUUGAUGUUUUGAAAAUUGUUGAAAGAAUUGUUUGUAUAGAAUAG